AUGGAUAAAAGUAAACAGAUGAACGUCAACAGCCUGUCCAACAUUCCUGAGGUGAUUGAUCCAGGUAUCACUAUCCCGAUAUACGAGGAAGAGUACGAGAAUAAUGGAGAAAGUGCUAAUGGUCAAUUGCAGCAGCAGCCGCAGAAGCUUGGAUCAUAUAGGUCCCGUGCGGGGAAAUUCUCUAAUACGUUGAGCAACCUUUUGCCGUCCAUCAGCGCCAAGCUGCAUCAUUCAAAGAAAAAUAGCCAUGGUAAGAACGCAGCUGAGUUUUCCUCCAGUAACAAUAGUUCUCAGUCUACGGUGGCGUCCAAAACCCCGAGAGCUAGUCCUUCCAGAAGUAAGAUGAUGGGUAGCUCUAUAGACGGUGUAACUAUGGAUAGAUCGGGCAGCUUGACUCCUCCUCAAGACAUGGAAAAAUUGGUGCAUUUCCCGGACUCGACUAAUAGUUUCUUAAUUCCUGCUCCCAGAGGAUCUAGUGACUCGUAUAACUUGCCACACCAGAUCUCGAGGACAAGAAAUAAUACCAUGUCUUCUCAAAUCACUUCCAUAUCGUCAAUUACUCCCAAACCUCGUACUUCGAGCGGGAUAUGGUCUUCCAAUGCCAGUGCCAACGACCCCAUGCAGCAACAUCUUAUGCAACAAUUGCAACCCACAACAAGCAAUAACACCAACAAUUCAAAUACGCUUAACGACUACUCAGCGAAAAGCGCAUACUUUGACAACUUGGUAUCCACUAGUGCAAGCCAAAUGAUGGAUAAUAAGAUGAAUGCGAACAGCUUGGCUAUUCCAAACUCCCUUUGGUCAAACACAAGACAAAGGUCUCAAUCAAAUGCCUCUAGCAUCUAUACAGACGCUCCACUGUACGAACAACCCGCUCGCGCUAGUAUCUCGUCGCAUUAUACUAUGCCAACACAGGAAUCUCCAUUGGUUGCCGAUGAAAUUGAUCCGCAAUCCAUUAACUGGGUGACAACGGACCUCACUGUACCAUCAAUAAACCAAAUAUCCAAUCUGCUACCCACCAAUACUGUCUCCAUUUCAAACGUUUUCCCCUUGCAACAUCAGCAACCCCAGUUAAAUAAUGCGAUAAAUUUAACAAGCACUUCCUUGGCCACUUUAUGCUCCAAGUAUGGUGAAGUCAUAUCGGCCAGAACUUUGAGAAAUUUAAAUAUGGCUUUAGUUGAAUUUGCUUCAGUGGAAAGCGCCAUAAAGGCCCUUGAUAGUCUACAGGGUAAGGAGGUCUCCAUGAUUGGAACACCAAGUAAACUUUCGUUUGCAAAAAUUUUACCGAUGCAUCAACAACCUCCGCAGUUUCUUCUCAAUUCUCAAGGCUUGCCUUUGGGCUCGGAAAACAAUAACUUACAACCACAGCCUUUGUUACAAGAGCAAUUAUUCAAUGGGUCUGUAACCUUUCAACAGCAAGGAAAUGUCUCUGUACCUGUAUUCAACCAACAACCACAACAACUGCAACACCAGAAUCAUCACUCAGGUCCAACUGGGUUCAACAGCGUUCUACAUGGUUACAAUAAUAACAACAAUGUUCAUGGUAACAACAGUAACUCUGCAAACGAAAAAGAACAAUGUCCCUUUCCACUGCCACCGCCAGGCAUUAAUGAUAAAGAGGAUUCUUUAAAAGGGAUCAUCGAAUUCUUUAAAGCAAAUGCCGAUGAAUAUCAAAUGAAUUCUUUGAUAACGAAAUCAUUGAACCAUGAAGGAACUUCAGAUACCCAAAAUUUUGGCCCUCUACCUGAACCGUUAUCCGUCAGGGAAUUUGAUCCACCAAAAUUACGCGAACUGAGAAAAUCCAUCGAUUCCAACUCAUUUUCUGAUUUAGAAAUCGAACAAUUAGCGAUUGCCAUGCUUGAUGAAUUGCCAGAACUAAGUUCGGACUAUUUAGGUAACACCAUUGUACAAAAGUUAUUCGAACACUCGUCAGAUAUCAUCAAAGACAUCAUGCUAAGGAAAACAAGCAAGUACUUGACUUCCAUGGGUGUUCACAAAAACGGAACGUGGGCAUGUCAAAAAAUGAUCACGAUGGCUCAUACUCCAAGACAAAUCAUGCAAGUAGCCCAAGGUGUUAAAGAUUACUGUACUCCAUUAAUCAAUGAUCAGUUUGGGAACUACGUUAUUCAAUGUGUUUUGAAGUUUGGAUUCCCCUGGAAUCAGUUCAUUUUUGAAAGCAUAAUAGCCAACUUUUGGGUUACUGUUCAGAACAGAUACGGUGCAAGGGCUGUCAGAGCUUGCUUAGAGGCACAUGAUAUCAUAACUCAGGAACAAUCGGUAGUCUUGAGCGCAAUGAUUGUUGUAUAUGCUGAAUAUCUAAGCACCAAUAGCAAUGGGGCGUUGCUGGUGACGUGGUUUUUAGAUACCAGCGUUUUGCCCAAUAGACAUUCUAUCUUAGCACCAAGACUAACCAAAAGAAUAGUUGAGCUAUGUGGUCAUAGAUUAGCUUCUUUGACUAUUUUAAAGAUCUUGAACUACAGAGGAGACGAUAAUGCCAGAAAAAUCAUCCUAGAUUCCUUAUUUGGGAACAUAAAAAUCUCACCCGAUUCUUUGCCGCCAAACGAAUUGAAGAGACUCCUAUGUGAGACGAGCUAUGGUCCCACAUUUGUUCAUAAAGUUUUGGCAAUGCCCUUGUUAGAAGACGAUUUAAGGGCUCACAUCAUCAAACAGGUCAGAAAUGUGUUGAUAGAUUCUACUCCAAUGCAACCAAGUCGCCGUUUAUUGGAGGAAGUCGGGUUAGCAUUACCAUCAAGUACCCAUAACAAGACAAAACAGCAACAACAACAGCAUCAUAACAAUAGCAUUUCGCACGUGUUUGCCACUCCGGAUGCAUCUGGACAACAUAUAAGAGGUCUUUCUGUUUCUAGUGUUAAAAGCGGUGGAUCCAAACAUACCACGAUGAAUACCGCGGUAAACACCGGCUCUUCAGCCUCCGCAUUAUCACCAGGCCAGCCAUUGAAUGUCAACUCCACAAUGGGCUAUUUCAGCUAUCCAGGCGUCUUCCCCGCCAGUGGAUUUUCAGGUAACGCCAAUAAUGGAUAUACUAUCAAUAGUGAUGACUUGAGUUCCCAAUUCGAUAUGCUAAACUUCAAUAAUGGGACCCGUUUAUCUUUGCCACAAUUGAGUUUGACCAACCAUAACAACACUACUACAGAGUUAUUGAAUAGUAUUGGUGCCUCUAAAACCCCAAAGAACAAUAAUAACAAGAAGAACUAUAACGACGAUAAUGCCGCUUUUGAAACUAUGACUUUACAUUCUGCAAACUGA